GGGCUAUCAGCGCAGCAUGAUCUCCUCGAGAUCUGCGCGCCGGCGACGGGACUAUUCUCGUCCAUCCUCUUUUCCUUCCUGUCAUUCCCUCGUUGCCAAGGAGCAACCUCCUGCAUGCGCCAUACUGAUACAUCCCAGAACUAGACUCCAUCAGUCACCAUGUCGAAGACGAAGAUCGCCAAGCCCUCCAAGAAGGACUCAAAGAAGUCCGAACUCUCCGCCGUUAAGGAGGGUCGCGUCACCAAGCCUGCUCAGACCCCAAAGGCGAAGAGUAAGGAGAUUGCCAAGUCCGCUGCUACAAGCCAUGGCGCCGGCAAGGAGCUGAAGAAGUCGAAAAAGGCCAAGAAGGAACCUACUCCCGAGCCGGAGUCCGAGUCUGAGUCCGAGCCUGAGCCCGAGACCAGCGAGAGCGAGAGCGAGGCGGAUAGCGACAGCUCCUCUGCAAGCAGCAGCGAAGACGAGGAAGUCGAGACAAAGGCUCCUGUUAACGGCAAGGCCAACGUCGUUGCUAAGGCCGCUGCCAAAGCCGACAACUCGAGCUCUGCUUCUUCGGACAGCAGCGAUGAGGAGAGCGAGAGUGAGAGCGAGGAAGAGGCUGCCGCUCCCAAGGCAAACGGCAUGAAGGUUAAGGACAGCGCAGCCAAAGCCACAACGGCUGAGACCUCCGAUGAGGACUCUGCUUCUGACGACUCGGAGUCCGAUUCCGACGAUUCCGACUCUUCGGCUAGUGAGAGCGAGGAGGAAGAGACUGAGGCUCCUUCUAAGAAGCGCAAGGCAGAAGCCGCCGCUGAGCCCGCCGUCAAGAAGACUAAGACCGAGGCUGCCGACGAAGGCAUCAAGAACCUAUUCGUCGGAAACCUGAGCUGGAACAUUGAUGAGGAGUGGCUUGCUCGUGAGUUCGAGGGGUUCGGAGAGAUUGUUGGCUGCCGCAUUAUCACCGACCGCGAGUCCGGUCGUCCCAAGGGCUUCGGCUACGUUGAAUUUGCCUCCGCUGCGUCCGCCAAGAAAGCCAAGGAUGAGAUGCACCAACAAGAACUUGAUGGACGUGCUUUGAACAUUGACUUCAGCACCCCCCGUCAGGACAAGCAGAACCCGAGGGACAAGCAAAAUGACCGCGCGAAGCGUUUCGGCGAUAAGCGAAGCGAACCUAACAACACUCUGUUCAUCGGCAACCUCUCCUUCGACUCCACCAAUGACUCUAUCCAUGAGAUCUUCAGUGCGCACGGCGAGAUCACGCGCGUCUCCCUUCCAACCGACAGGGAGAGCGGAAAUCCAAAGGGCUUCGGCUACGUUGACUUCGCUACCGUUGAUGAGGCCAAGGCUGCUUUGGAAGCACUGAACGGCGCUGACGUCGACGGCCGCCCCAUCCGCAUUGACUUCGCGGCGCCUCGUGACAACAACGGUGGCGGCGGACGAGGUGGCUUCGGUGGUCGUGGCGGCCGUGGAGGCUUCGGAGACCGUGGUGGUCGUGGAGGUGGCUUUGGCGGGCGAGGUGGCGGUCGUGGUGGCGGUCGCGGAGGUGCUCGAGGAGGCCGCGGGGGUUUCUCCACCAACCGUGGAGGCUUCGGCGACUUCAAGGGCUCGAAGGUCACUUUCUAGAUGUCUUCUCUCAAGGUGUCGCCAUUGGGGCUAAGAUCUAUCAUGCCUUGAUCUCUGAUGGUAAGUAAUGGGUCGCAUAUGAACCAGCUGUUG